AUGAGACCCCCUUGCACUGACAAGACGAACAAUAGACGGGGUCCUUGGGCUACUGAAGAAGACCCAAGGACGAUCGUUCAAGGGACCGGAAAUUGGGGCCUUGCCCCCCGAAAAGCAGGUCUUAGAAGAUGUGGGAAAAGUUGCAAGCCCAGAUGGAGCAAUUACCAUCAACCAGAUUCGAAGCAUGAGGUCUUCACACCACAGGAAGAGGAGCUCAUAAUCAGGCUCCAUGUAAUCAUAGGCAGCAGGUGGUCCAUCAUCGCCCAGCAACUUCCAGGGAGGACUGACAACGAUGUGAAGAACCACUGGAAUACCAAGCUCCGGAAGAAGCUGAAAGAGAUGGGGAUUGACCCGGUUACGCACAAGCCUUUCUCUCAAGUCCUGAGAGACUAUGGAAACAUAGACGGCACCACGAGAGAAAGCCAAAUCGGGUCCAUGGAUCCACCCCAAGCAUUUUCAGACCUAAACACCCACCAAACACCACCAAACGUAACAAGUAGAACUGACACAGACACUGCCCAAAACAAUCACUCCCUAGACCUUCUUGCCCAGCUUCAUGCCAUAAAGUUGGUCACAGAAGCCUCAACUUGCUCUGCACAUGGCAAAGCGACAUUCAUGCCUUUGAAUACCUCGUCCUUGCCUCCCACUUCUUCCUCUUCCACCCGGUCCGCAGCACUGCAGAGCUUCAGAUGGAGUGAUUUUCUUAUUGAAGACCCAACUUUGCCAGCUGAACUUUCGAAGGAAGGGAUCAGGAUGAGACCACAGAGUGAGAUCAAGAAUGAGGGCAGAGAGGAAGGUAAUGAGACAGGAGGUUUUCAUCAGAAUGGCACAAGCAAUGGCCAUAAAGGGUCAUCAAUUCCAUCCUCAGAUGGUUCAUUUGUGGAAUCCAUUUUGAACCAGAACGAGGAGAUGUUCAUGGAGUUUCCUGAACUAUGGGAGGAGCCACUCUACUAA